AUGGGGCCGCCGCUCCUGCCGCCGCCGCCGCUGCUGCUGCUGCUGCUGCUGGGUCCGGGUCUGGGCCUCCCGGAGGCGGCGGGGCGGUGCGGGGGCGCGCGGUACAGCGCCCGUCCGGCCUCCAUCAUCCGCACGUGGGCCUCGCUGGGCGCGGGGGCCACGUUCCUGCGGGGCCCGAGGGGCGGCGGGCGGGCCCGCUGCCUGGACGCCUGCUGCGCCCUGCCCCGCUGCACCCUGGCCGUGCUGCGGCGCCGCCCGGGGACCGGGGAUGGAGAGGAUGGGGAGGAUGGGGACCACGGGGAGGAUGGAGGGGAGGAGGACGGCGGGGGCCCCGCCUGCUUCCUCUUCGACUGCACCCACCGGGGACGCAGCGUCUGCAAGUUCGCCGCGCACCGGGGCUACAGCAGCUACAGCCGGGGCCGCCCCGGACCGCCGGAUUCGCACCCGGAGCCCGGGCCCCCACCCGCAGAAAAUGAUGAACCCCCACGUAGCAAAGCAGGGCAAGAUGUGGUGGUACAGCUGCCUACGGACUGGGUAAAUUUGGAUGGUCGGGAAAGCACGGAUGAUCAUGCCAUCGUACGCUAUCAGUGGACUUUGCUGCACGGUGACUCAUCGGUGGAAAUGAAGGUGCCCCAGCCGGGAACACUGAAGCUCUCCCACUUGCAAGAAGGUGUCUACACCUUCCAACUGACUGUGACGGACACUGCUGGUCAGAGGAGCUCAGACAACAUCUCGGUGACUGUCCUCUCGAUGCCACAUUCUGCAGAGGGGUGUUUGAGAGCUUGCUCUCGCUACCACUUCUUCUGUGACGACGGCUGCUGCAUCGACAUAACGUUGGCUUGCGACGGAGAGGAGCAGUGCCCCGAUGGGUCCGACGAAGCCUUCUGUCAAAACAUUAGCCCUGGACGAAAAACGAUUACUCACUCAGUUAAUCCUGCCCAGCAGAAAACCAUGGGAUUGACUGACGAUAUAGAUAGAAACUUCUCUUUGGAAAACAACCAAAAAGCCACAACGAGAAAACAGCCGUUUUUGGCAGUUACUGAAGACAAGAAAAACCAAUCCGUCGCUCAGGGACCAAAGAAUCAAAUGAGUGCUUCUGUGCCAGGAGCAGUUUCGCAACAGACUGCCCAAGAGCCAUCAAGCCACUCUGAUGCGGAGCCAGAUAAUAGUUCCUCAGGGAAGGAUAUGAAGGCGAAUAAGGAAAAUGAUGAUUUUGUGGACAAGAACAGUCAAGUAAGAGAGGGACACCCCAUCCCAGAAACAGGUGCCGUGUUGCCCCUGGCUUUAGGCCUGGCCAUCACUGCUUUGCUGCUUUUUAUGGUUGCUUGCCGACUGCGUUUGGUGAGGCAGAAACUUAAAAAAGCCCGCCCCAUUACGUCCGAGGAGUCUGACUACCUUAUAAAUGGGAUGUACCUAUAAUAAAAUGUGAUUCAAGUGGC